AUGGCUUCAGCAACUGGCGUCCCGGAGCACAAUCCCCUCCUAGACGAGGAAGAACCUCUCCUCGGUCGUCGAGGAGAUGCAACACAGCGGCCAGACCAGGGUUUACAGUGGAAUUUCGUGAUCGGAACAGCCGUCCUCGCACAAGCCGGUAUUUGGAUCCUCACAGCACUUGUGUGGGCAUCCGUAUUCCAGGCCAACUUCAUUUUCUUCUCGUACCACCCUCUCCUCAAUUCUGCGGCCGUCCUCCUGCUUGUGCAAGGCACUCUCGUCCUGCAGCCUACAGCUGCGCAGAAAGACAAAAUCAAUGGAACAUAUGUACAUUCCAUUUUGAAUACGUUGGGUGUUGCUGCACUCAUUGCUGGCUUGGUUGUUAUUGAGAUGAAUAAAGCUUCACACCCGGAAACUCGCUUCCAAAGUACCCAUGGAAAGGUGGCACUGGUGGCAUACAUCUUGAUCUUCGUUCAGUGGCUCUUUGGAUUGGCGCAGUUUUUCCUGCCCAAUCUAAUCUUUGGUUCUGUCGACAAGGCCAAGUCCUUCUACAAGUACCAUAGAGCGUCGGGCUAUGUCCUGACGGUUCUCUUCCUAGUCGUCAUAGGACUUGCAACUGACACAGGAUUCAACCACAAUGCGUUACACAUCAAGCCGUGGGCAGUGGUUGUGUCUAGUCUGUUGGUGCUUGUGGGUCUCAUUCCACGGAUCAAGAAGCGCAAGUUUGGCUUUUAA